AUGAGUGAGAUGACGAGUGCCGUCGAGACGCAGCAGCAGCAGCAGCAGCAGCAGCAACAGUACGUAGGUGGUAGUACGAAUGUGGAGCAUCACUGCAAGGAUUGCGGUCUAAACUUCGAGAGCGAGAAGAGCCUGGAGGUGCAUUUGCAUUAUCAUCAAGAAAAUUUGUUAAAUCAGUGGGCCAAUAAGACACAGCAGGAAGAGAGCAAUAAUAACCAUACCAGCAAGACUGGUAAUCAUAAUAGUCACGUGAACGUCAGUCGCGACAACGCGCCGGCGGACACAAGUGAACCAUCAUCGAUGUCGCCUUCUCAAGAUUCAACAUCCUCGCAACAAGCGCAGCAACAACAACAAUCUCAGCAACAAUCGCAACAAUCUCAGCAACAGUCUGCUGUACUUAUAUGUUCGCCGUACGAUCAUUUUCGAGCUCCGAUGUAUAGCGAGGGCGGCUACUUCAUGCAGAACGAUCAGAGUUACAUCUUGCCUCAUCACUUUUCACCAUCACAGGAAGAUGGCCAGAAUAACGGCAGUCGCGACAGCAGUAGUUAUCGCUAUCAUCCAUAUCAACAUCAGCAAUUAUAUUCCUCAGAUCGCACGACUUCUAACUCUGCCAGCCCUCAAAGCCCGCCUUUUCAUUGCGACAAGUGCGGUGCCGUGUACGAGGACGCGAAUCAAUUAGGUGAGCAUAUGAGAACGAAUCAUUUGGAAUCGCCUACCGCGUAUCCAUCCGCGCCACAAUAUCAGCAACUAGGCAAUAGUCCUCAGCAGCAGGGCCAGCAGAUGCACUCGUCGCCACCUCUCUCGAAUCAACCGCAACAAUCUGCUUACGAUUAUAACGGAGGACAGACGAUCAAGUCCGAGAUGAAGCAGGAACAGCCUGAGGAGCAAGCUGAGAUCCUUGACUUGGACUCUCAUAAGGUACACCGAUACGAAGAGGAAAUAAUGCGAUUGCAGCAACAGCAACAGCAGCAGCAGCAACAACAACAACAACAACAAGGACUUCAGAUGCAGAUGCAUCAUCAACAGGUAAUGCAACAACAGCAAUCGCAGAGAAUAGAUUCGCUUUCGGUAAGUUCUAUGUUAAACUGGCAACCAAUGCCUCAUGAUUAUGCUGGACACCCAUCAAUGGGUCCCAUAAACAAUGUUCCACCUAUCGCUGAUCAAGAUCAAUAUAUGCGCGGACAGCACAUGCCUGUGGAGCAUGGGCAUCAAGGUUCGCCGAUACUCACGAAUACGCAAUCGAUACCGAGCCAUCAGAUACCGGCUGGAUUCGUGCAGCAAGCACCGAAAGCGCCGCCGUUGGCGAAUCAAUCUUGGAAAAGCAACGAGCCACGUCGUCCAAAGACGUACAAUUGCACUGCAUGCAACAAGUGGUUUACAAGUUCAGGACAUCUGAAGAGACAUUAUAACACUACUUUACACAAGAACGCUGUCAAAAAUGGAAAGGAACCUGAUCCAGCAACUCUACCGGUCACCAGUCAUCAUCAUCCCAAUAGAGAGAAUAGUCAUUCGACGAGCGGUAGGGGCGGUUGCGCUCCUGCUCGUUCUCCACCGGACUCUUCGCGGAGUCCCCCAAACUUGAUGGCAGGUCCCUCGGGCGAGGCGACGGGGGGCCUGCUUCACACGCCCACCACGCUCUGCAACAACAAUUCCAGCAGCAACAACAACAGCAACGAAUCUUUAGCGGUCCUGGUGCAGCAGCAGCAGCCGCCGCCGCCGCCGCCGCCGCAACUGGUCCCUCUAGGAAUAAUCAAUUCCCCACUACCAUCGCCACUGGCGGGGCACCAUCAGCAACAAAUGGGUACUGCUCCUCACCAACUGGGCCUCCAGCAGCAGCAGCAGCUUCACCUGCCAACGGGUUCGUCGGGCCAGCCAGUACAUCUUUCCACGACUUCGCCCACCAUGCCCCCACCGGCGGCAUCGCACAUGAAUUGCCCUUCACCAAUGGAUUCAUCAUCUCACCCGGUUCAUCACAUGAACUCGCCGCCCGGAUCGGGGCAUCCAAUAAUGACUUCGUCCCCAGUGAUGGGGGGUACUACGAUGCCUCCUCAGCCGUACCCAAACGCCUUGCCCCCCCACGUUACAAUUACUACCAACAUCCCGGCGGUCCCACUGGAAUCUACCCAAGCUCCUAUCACCAUGCAGCUAGUUACUAUUGGUAACGACCAAAACAAGCAGCAACAUCACUUGUUGCCCGGUUUUAAUACCAUCAUGCCGAAUUUCUCGGAAUUCGAAUUUAUCGUAGAUCAAAGCCAGAUACAGACCGUUAACGUGGGGGGGCUAAGUGUAGAGGAGAUCGCUCCUCAAGAGUCCUUUGAAGCUUCAACAUCGACCUAUGACCCAUAUUCGCCAACGCGUUACAAGUCGUUGAACAGUAUAGACUUGACAUUGCCAACAAAUGCAGUCAACAAUAUGAUGCAAAAUCAGAAUAUGGACGUUCCGUUGUGCUAUGAAUACGAUCGACGAAUUGAUGUACAAAAUAACAAUCAUGUAAAACGGGUAGCACCAGCAAAGGAGGAUUUGGAUCCAAAUGUCGGCUUGCAACCAGCAAAAAGAGGACGUAAAAGCAAAAGUAAUACGAAUAAGCAAGAUGACAUCACCAUCAGUGCUAAUUUUAUCUCGAAAGACGGUGUUUACAAGUGUCUUGAUUGCAAUAAGAAUUUCAACAAGCCCUGCUACUUGACACAGCACAACAAGAGCUUUCACUCGGGCGCUAGACCGUUUAAAUGCAAUCAGUGCGGCAAACGAUUUUCGAACGAAGAGAGAAACAAAAAGCAUUUAGAAAUGCACGCGAUGGCCAGAAAACACCAAUGCGACGAUUGCCCAAAGGUAUUCGCUCAUAAAACUGAUCUUAAACGGCACAUUUGUAUCCAUACUGGUUCAAGGCCAUUUCAAUGUGAUACUUGCGGCAAGGGAUUCAUCAGGCAUGACCACAUGAGGAAACACAAAGAAACACAUAACAAAAAAUCGCGGGCAAACCAACGGCAAGGCACCCAGCGAAUCAAUAAUCAUUUACGAGCUCAACGGCCCAACAACAACAACAACAACAACAUCAACCACAACAACAACAACGUUCAGCUGAAUUGCGAUAUCAACUGCAUGAAGAUGUAA